AUGCCCCUUGCCACCGACCACCUCUCGCGGGGAUCCAUACUUGAGGAGCUGCAGCCUUUGCUUCCCAACGUGCGGCAGUUCUAUGCGACGCCCAGUGUUUUCACCUGGUACGACGAUGAUGGCUGCGCGCACGAUGUUUGUCAGGCUGAACGCGGCGAGCUGGGCGAUCCCACGCUGCGCUCGCUGACCUUCAAUGACGGCGAGGCCAUCUUCGCGUUCCUUGAUGACGUCGACAUAGUUGCGGCACCCGAGCGCGCGGCGGCGGCCCGCGCAGACACCCUUACCGCCGAAGGCUGGUCGGACAGGCCAGCCAUGGCCAGCCUGGCGAGCGUGUGUCGACAGUGCGCGGCCGCCGCCCGACUUGGGGGAUCGGGCUGGCAACGCCCGCAUGCGGGGUCUUGGAUGAGCGCCGGCCACUAUGACUUGCUGGUGCCUGCCCUCGAUGGUGGGCCCUUGCCAGCGGUGAUCACGAACAUCCAGGAGAUCGGUGACACUAAGGGCGGUCGAGGUGGAGGAGUCCGGGACCACCCGAAUGACACUGCUGAGGGCUCUGAUGCGGCGUGGACCGUGUAUACUCGCAAUGCUGAAGGAUUUCAUGUGCCGGUUGGAAGAGUAAGCGGCGCUGUUGUUCCUCCGCCUGCGCCCGUGCGGCCAUCGGCGAGCGCGGCUGGGGGCGGCAGCAGCCGAAGGGGCGAACCGAGCGCUGCCACUGGUGGCGCAGCAAGCUGUUCGCUGGUUGCAGCUUUUGCACGGGGGGCGAGGAGGUGUGAGCUUUCGCGAGACAGCUCCAGGUGUAGCAAUGACGCUGAGGAUGAUGUGGCGGUUUUGGCUGAUGUGGAGGGCAUUGAUACGGAGCCUGCCGAACCGAAGCGCAGAAAGAAGCGCAAAAUCUGGGAGUGGACAUGUCCUGUCCCUGACUGUGGCUUCACGUGCGGAGGCUCCUUUUGGUCUUUCCGCAAGAACAAGCACAUUCGAGCGUGGCAUCCUGAGCGCAUGAAGGAGCUCAAUCUUCGUGGCGUCAUAGAUGAGCCGAUCGAGGUGCGUGAUGACGCUGUUGUCACUUGGAGGUGCCCUGUGUGCCUCAAGGCUUUCCCCGCAGAGUGGAACUUGACUGGGGACAAGCUGCGGCAGUGGAAGCUCGCGCAUGGAGCACGGGCGCAUCCUGAGGAGAACAUCGCCAUCUUCAAGAGGAGAGUCGCUCGGCCCUGCAAUGCGCCCAAGGCCACCCAGGCCGUGCGGGCGAAAGGGGUCUCGUCGCGGCUUUCUCAGAUCAAGCGUGGCAUUGGUGGACACAGUGGACUCUUCACGAUUGAUGUGCCAGCAACACAGCCUGGGCGGCGUAGCGCCGCGUAUUUUGUUUGCCGCCAUUGUAAGUGCCUCGCGCACACUGCCAAGCUCCUGGCCAAGAUGCCCUGCGAGGCGGUCGUGGGCAUGUCGCAGCAGCGCCAGGCCUUGAUUCAGCGACUGGCCAAGCAGAAAGAAGAUGCGACGCUGGAUGAGCGACUUCGAAGUGGUGCGGCUGAGCUUGUCAACUUCCUCACUGCUGGAGCGGGCGAGGGUGAGGCCUCGAAGCAGCACAUCGCCCGAGAUCAUGAGCUCGAGGCCAUCCCAUGGCCGAUGGAGGACAAGUCUUUUGAAGUGCGCUUUGUGUGUGUUGCCUGCCGCCGGUUGGCAGGCAACGAGCGGGGCUUUCCCAAGGGCACUUGCAAGGGCGAGAAGACUUUCGCGAAGUAUCGCCAGCGAUGGCUUCGGGAGCUGGAGCCCUGGCUGAAGGAUGAUGGGCCUCGCGGGCGUGCUGCGCGGCAGGCCAAGUCCAAGCUUGGCAUCUUGGAUGAGCCGAGUCCGCCUGAGCUUCCCCGAGGACUGAUUGGUGGCGGCGAGGAGCGAGCAGCAUGA